AUGUCUGAUGAGGUUUCAAUCUUUAUUUCAGUGCUGAACACACUCCUCUAUGGAAAAGCUCAAGGACAGAGUAGAGACCCAGCAGAGGGCGCUGAUGAGUCUGAUGUGGAAAAAGGAGCAUCCACAGUUUCUAAUACAGUCACUGUGACUCUACAACCCAACGUCUCUGAGAUAUACAGAGGAGAGACGAUCACUGUCAGAUGUGAGAUCCAGGGAGGAGGAGACACUGAGUGGGAGUAUGAAUGGGAAACAACCACCUCAUUCAAACCUUCAAAUCAACAUGAACACAGGAUCAGUUCUGCUUCAUCAUCCCACAGUGGAGACUACAGGUGUAAGGGCAGAGUGAAAAGUUCACAACAUAGAACAACAGAGUGGAGUUCUUCAGUCAGACUGACAGUGUAUGACAAUAAACCUCGGCCUGUCCUCACUGUGUCUCCAUCAUGGCUGAGUCCUGGAGCCUCAGUAACUCUGAACUGUGAGGUCGAACAUCCAUCUGCAGGAUGGAGGUUCUACUGGUAUAAGACUGUUCCUGAUCUGUCACACAACUACUACAGCUAUAAGUUGUUACCUGGUAACAGCAGAGGGACUGAACAGGAUUCCUACAUCGUUCAUGGUCAGACACACACAGCAGGAUAUGUGUGUAGAGCUGGAAGAGGAGAUCCAGUGUUUUACACUGACAAUAGUGAACCAAAGUUUGUCUGGUCUGGAGAUCUUCAUCCAGCAGCGUCUCUCACAGUGAAUCCUGACAGAGUGCAGCACUUCUACUCUGACUCUGUCUCACUGAGCUGUGAGGGAAACUCUACUGAGUGGAGAGUGAAGAGGUUUAAUGAACAUGGCUCCCUGUCACACUGCUCUGACUGGUGGAGAAUGACUGGAUCCACAUGUAAAGUCUAUCUGUCCUCGCCCAUUAAUGCAGUGUACUGGUGUGAGUCUGGAUCAGGAGAAUUCAGCAACGCAGUCAACAUCACUGUACAGAAUGAUUAUUAUGGUAUUAUCCUGGUGAGCCCCGUCCAUCCUGUGACUGAGGGAGAGUCUGUUAGUCUUGGCUGCAGAUUCAGGACUGAAGAAAAACUUUCCAGUGUGUUUUUCUAUCACAAUGACAAACUCAUCCAAAAUGACACCAGACAGGAGCUGAAUAUCUCUGCAGUGUCAAAGUCAGAUGAAGGUUUCUACAAGUGUCAGUGGUCAGGAAGAAAGUCAGCACAGAGCUGGAUGUCAGUUAAAGUUUCAAACAGCAUCACUGUGAUUCUACAACCCAACUGGCCUCUGAUAUACAGCAGUGAGACGAUCACUGUCAGAUGUGAGAUCCAGGGAGGUGGAGACACUGGGUGGAUGUAUGAAUGGAGACCAGCCAAGUUAAACAAACCUCCAUCACACAAUGAAUACAGGAUCAACAGAGCCACUGAGUCUGACAGUGGAGACUACAGGUGUAAGGCUAGAAGUGAAUAUUUCCUAACAGAGUGGAGUGAUAAAGUGACACUGACAGUAUCACCACGUAAACCAGAGGCUCAGCUGACUGCUGACAAAACAGCUUUUCCAGCAGGGGGCAGUGUGACACUGACCUGCUCUGUGAACCCAUCACCUGGUUGGAAAUACUUCCUGUACAGAGACAAUAAACUCUCUGAACCCCUGACCACACAUGAUGCUGCUUUUCAAACAACUGGAAGAACCAGUGUCUCACAGGAAGGACUCUACAGCUGCAGAGGAGGAAGAGGAGCCCCAGUUUACUACACAGAGUACAGUCACUCAGUUAGCAUUGACAUCACUGUGUCAAACAGAGCUGUUGUGAUUCUGCAACCCAACUGGUCUGAGAUAUACAGAGGAGAGACGAUCACUGUCAGAUGUGAGAUCCAGGGAGGAGGAGACACUGAGUGGGAGUAUAAAUGGAAAACAACCACCUCAUUCAAACCUUCAAAUCAACAUGAACACAGGAUCAGUUCUGCUUCAUCAUCCCACAGUGGAGACUACAGGUGUAAGGGCAGAGUGAAAAGUUCACAACAUAGAACAACAGAGUGGAGUUCUUCAGUCAGACUGACAGUGUAUGACAAUAAACCUCGGCCUGUCCUCACUGUGUCUCCAUCAUGGCUGAGUCCUGGAGCCUCAGUAACUCUGAACUGUGAGGUUGAACAUCCAUCUGCAGGAUGGAGGUUCUACUGGUAUAAGACUGUUCCUGAUCUGUCACACAACUCCUACAGCUAUGAGCUGUUACCUGGUAACAGCAGAGGGACUGAACAGGAUUCCUACAUCGUUCAUGGUCAGACACACACAGCAGGAUAUGUGUGUAGAGCUAGAAGAGGAGAUCCAGUGUUUUACACUGACAAUAGUGAACCAAAGUUUGUCUGGUCUGGAGAUCUUCAUCCAGCAGCGUCUCUCACAGUGAAUCCUGACAGAGUGCAGCACUUCACCUCUGACUCUGUCUCACUGAGCUGUGAGGGAAACUCUGCUGAGUGGAGAGUGAAGAGGUUUCCUGAACAUGGCUACAUGUCACACUGCUCUGACUGGAGGAGAAUGACUGGAUCCACAUGUAACAUCCACCUUCACUGGCAUAAUGAUGCAGUGUACUGGUGUGAGUCUGGAUCAGGAGAAUUCAGCAAUGCAGUCAACAUCACUGUACAGAAUGAUUAUUAUGGUAUUAUCCUGGUGAGCCCCGUCCAUCCUGUGACUGAGGGAGAGUCUGUUAGUCUUGGCUGCAGAUUCAGGACUGAAGAAAAACUUUCCAGUGUGUUUUUCUAUCACAAUGACAAACUCAUCCAAAAUGACACCAGACAGGAGCUGACUAUCUCUGCAGUGUCAAAGUCAGAUGAAGGUUUCUACAAGUGUCAGUGGUCAGAAAGAAAGUCAGCACAGAGCUGGAUGUCAGUUAAAGUUGCAGUGAUGGAACCUAAAAGCUCUUCAUCUCCUGUGCUGCUGAUCGUUCUGCUGCUUUGUGGAAUAGUAUUGAUUAUUCUCCUGCUGCUGUGUUGCUGCAGAAAGUCAACAGAUCCAUGUUGGAACAGGCUCACCCAGUCUCAAAGAGAGAAUAAAGCUACAGAUAAAACUGUCAGCCAUGAUGAUAAUCAACAGCAAACAUAUUCCUCUCUUCUGCAGGGUCAGUUUUUCAUCUACCUUUCAAUGUUUUCAUAA